CAAAUUUAGGCCUUUGCCCCCCCCUUUUUGGGACCUGCACACAAAAAACGUUUUUUGUGAACAAUUAUUGUAUUGUAUUGUAUUGUGGCGAUACAUGAGUUUUGAUCUGCUACACAUUUUUUUCUGUUGCUCUACGAAAUAUAGAUGCGACGGCAUGAUGAAGAUGCAUGUUGUGAUAUUACAGAGUAUGAGUAUGUACAUUUAAACUACUCGCUUGUGCUUCCUUGUGCUACGUUGGCACAACGCAUGAUUUUCUCGGCCAUAUGUGCAGAUAAGUAUGAUCAUCAUCACCAGGAGGUUAGUGUCAGCUUCCUCGCCGAAAAAGAAAGUAAAAAUGCAGGACGUCGACGCCCAGUCUUAUGACGCGGUAACGCCAGUAGCCGCGCCGGCGAAAGAGCGACGCCGCUCCGGCUCAGCAGCUUCCUCGAGCCCAUCGCGUUUAUGCGCGACGAGUCCGAAAAAUGCAGCUGGCAGUUUAUUGUCCACGAAAGGUGGCAGGAGCAACGCGCCGAGGUCUCCGAAACACCAGAUGAAUUUAUCAUCCUCCAGUACAACAACUUCUGCUGCGAAAAGGUACGAAGUGAAAGAUCACUACCCCGAGUUUUCGCCUGCCUCGACCGGUGUGCCCACGCCCAGUGGUAUUACAUUCAUACUUUUCUUUUGUGGUAUCUGGUGUCCUCUCUGGGAGAAGGACUAAGUAAGUACGUAGGAUUGUACCUUUCGAGGUUGUUGUUCCUUGUUGUUCCAGUUGGCUUCUAGUGCUUGGAUUGACGCAACUUCUGCACUCUUACAUUCUCGAAGUCAACGAUUGAAUUCCGUCUACUUGACUCAGACGGCGCUCCUUCCCUCGGUGCUUCCCACCCGAACCUCGUGCAGCCCUCCGUGAUCCAGCUCCCGCGUGCGCUCACGGAGGAAAAAGCGCCUCGUCCGUUUGUGGACAAAAAACUCCAGGAAGAGUUGCUCGAGCAGCAGUAUUCACCCUCUCUACUCUCGGAGGAGGAGGACUUUGGGAGCUUUACCGAAGACGAGGAAAGCUCCUGCUCCAUCGGCAUCCGCAGCAGUCUCUCGCCGACGCCAAGGGUUUCGUACCACAUUGCGGACCAGGUAACCUUCGACGGCUGGCGGGAUGAGGACAGCGACGAAGAAAUAAGGGAACAAUUGUCAGCAAGGAAACCGGAUGACGUCGUUUUGGCGAGGAACCCCGGGAGUGUGAUCAGGAACAGGAACGGUGUGUCCAGUUUGGACAACUACUUUGACGACGCGAGGAAGGAGGAAAGAGGUAUUCUAUUUCUACAACUUAAACUUUUCGUUUUCCCUAUGAGGUUUUGCACUUUGUUUUGCUGGAUUUGAACGAGAUUCAGAAUGUAGCUUGAGCUUUCCGGAUCAGAACUAUCAGAAUUCCAUUUUCUGCGCAUGCAUUUCCGUGAAAUUACGAAUGUACUCGUUCCAUCUUGUUCAGGUCCUUUGUCCAAUCUCCUUCCUGAUUACCUUCUCUUCGGCUGCUGCACUACAAAUUGCGGGAACCAGCACUCACCACAGCGGUCUUCGCCGGAGCGGAUCAAUAGCGCUUUGCCGCAGAAUACGCCGCUGCGGAGACGGAGUGUUGGGGGAAACAGUGCGCGGAGUGAAGAGCUGUGA